GCAUCCAAAUAAAUAGAGAGAUAAAGAAAGUAGAAAUACAAGAUAGCACCAAGGAAAAACAUCGAGAAAGGUAGCAUUUUCUUUCCCACAAAGCUCCAAAGGAAAGUAAGGGAGCCGUCAGCUGAGGCGAGGAGAGGAAGAAAAGAAAAGAAAAAACUAAAGAAGAAAUGUUUUUUCUUCUGUAUGUGUGGCGUUUGUGAACUGUGAAGUGAAGAAUAUGGACAUCACAUGAUCUCUCCUUCUUUCUCCUCCUUUUCUCUCUCUAAACUCUCACUCUCACUCUCCCUCCAACUUUACCUUUUCACCGCCUCCUCCAGCUCCUCCGCCGCUCCUCCCCUUCACCCCACCCACCGCCAUCAAUUCCCAGAUCUCCGCUUCCAUUCCCCGUAUCCCAAAUCCGGAAUCCGUCGAGUCGCCAUGUUGGCGGCUCGAUCUCUGUUCCUCCUCUUUCUCGCGGCGGCUCUGCUGGCCGGCCUCGAGGCGGCGCAGCAGGGGAUCGCCCUCUCGACCAAGCUGAUUCACCGCUUCUCCGACGAGGCCAAGGCGUUGAGAGUUGGUCGGAAUGUCACCGCCAGCGUCUACUGGCCGGAGAAGAGGAGCUUGGAGUACUACAGCUUGCUGCUCGACAGCGACCUUCAGAGGCAGAAGAUGAAGCUCGGCCCUCGCUACCAGUUCCUUUUCCCUGUUGAAGGGAGCAAUACCGUCUCCUUGGGGAAUGACUUUGGAUGGUUGCACUAUACUUUGAUAGAUGUGGGGACUCCUCAUGUCUCCUUCCUUGUCGCAGUAGAUACAGGGAGUGAUUUGCUCUGGGUGCCCUGUGAUUGCUUGCAGUGCGCCCCAUUGUCGGCCCGUUACUAUGCCAGUUUGGGUCAAGAUCUCAAUGCAUAUAGUCCAUCUCAAUCAAGUAGCAGCAAGCUCCUCACAUGCAGCCACCAGUUAUGCGAACUUGGUUCAAAAUGCAAAAGUCCAACCCAGCAGUGCCCAUACUCUGUUGACUAUUACUCCGAGAAUACAUCCAGUUCUGGCUUGCUGGUUGAGGAUGUAUUAUAUUUUGCCUCAAAUGAUGAUCUUGGUGCAUCAAAUGCUUCUGUGAAAGCUCCGGUGCUCAUGGGAUGUGGCAUGACACAAAGUGGUGGUUACUUGGAUGGAAUUGCCCCGGAUGGUCUCAUGGGUUUGGGGCCAGGAAAAAUCUCAGUUCCAAGCUUUCUUGCAAAAGCAGGAUUUAUUCAGGAUUCCUUCUCUUUGUGCUUCGAUGAGGAAGAUUCAGGGAAAAUUUAUUUCGGUGAUCAGGGUCCGCAUGCCCAACAGUCUACUCCCUUCCUAACUUCAAAUGGAAAUUACACGACCUACAUAGUUGGAGUGGACGGGUGUUGCAUUGGUGGUUCUUGCCUUAAGCAGACAAGAUUCAAGGCACUGAUUGAUAGUGGUACAUCUUUCACAUUUCUUCCUGAGGAUGUGUAUGAGAAGACUGCUAAUGAGGUAGUUACUUGUUGUAUUUCUAUUCAAGUGACUUUGGGGGUUUGCUAUCAUUGCAUUGUAGACUACAUGCAUAUUAAGAAAUCUUGUGUUUUGUGAAUGGAACAGUAGGGACGUGGGUAAUGUUAAAAUACAGUUUCUGGUUUUAGGAAUUGUAAUGUGGAACCCACACAAUUGUAUUUCUAUGCAUUGUUCAAAUCUUUAGGUGGAAUGCAUGAUAUCAUGCACUUAAGAAAUGUUGUUUCUUUGGGUUUCCUACCAUAUUCAGACAAUAAAACCGAUGAAUUGUGAGAAACCUUGUAUAUUCAGAAUCAGUGGGAGCAAUCCCUAGUUACCAAACAACCCUUAGCUUAAUUAUGUUUUGGCUACCUCUAUACUAAUUUCCUGGUUUUGUUUGUUAGUUUCACAGGCAGGUAAAUUCUACUAUAUCAACCUUUGAAGGGUAUCCUUGGAAGUACUGCUACAAGUCCAGCUCACAGGACUCCCCAAAAAUACCAUCAAUGAAGCUCUUGUUUGCAAUGAACAACAGCUUUAUGAUCCAUAAUCCUGUUUUUAUGGUAUAUGGCAUUCAGGGUUUGACUGGAUUUUGUUUAGCUGUUCAACCUGCUGAUGGGGAUAUUGGAAUUAUUGGACUGAAUUUCAUGACUGGAUAUCGGAUGGUGUUUGAUAGGGAAAACCUGAACCUUGGCUGGUCUCGCUCUAAAUGCGAAGACGAGAUCAUCUGGGCACCAGGCAAUCCAUCGGGAAGUGCUAACCCACUCCCAACGAACCAGGAACAGAGGAUUCCCGGUCAGCAUGCUGUUUCACCAGCUGUUGCAGGUAGAGCUCCCUUGCGACCAUCAGCAGCUCCUCCCUCAACGCGACGAGCAUCACAUUUGAUGCAGUGGUUGCUGCCGUUGCUGGUGCUUUUCGUAUCUCCGACGUUGUGAAUAAGGAAGGAAAGACUUUGAUGCAGUACUCUCUACUACGCUAACUUCGGCUUUUGUAUUAGAUUAGGCCGCUCUACUUGUAAAUUAUGUAUCGAAGCUCUCCUAUAUGUAUACGUGUAUGUGAGUAUCCAAGGCUUGUUUCCUGACUCACCAUGCUGCCCUAGGCUGGCUGGCUGGCUUCCUCUCCAAUUUUGUAUCAUCAGUCUUCUCUUCCUCCUCACUAUUAUAUAUUUCCAGUAUAUAUCCUAUCGUCUUCGCUAUUCUUUUACUUUGCCAGUGUUGUCGAUUGAUUGUCGUCAAUCUCGUCAUGUUUUUCUUUCUUCCGCAUAUUUCACUGUAUUAUUCUCCAUUUCCCACCUUUCUUGCAGUUCUUUAUAUCUGGAUAAAAAGCACCAUGAAACACAUCUGGAUAAAAAGCUACAGAUGUAUGUUUGAAAGUCGAC